AAUUCCACGUCUUCCUCUUCUUUCUUAAAAGUUCAAACAUUUCCACGUUGGAACGUUGAAACUUCAAUCACAAGUUGCACAAAUAAUUUACCCUAUAUUCUUUCGUUAUCUUUAUCAAUUUUCAGUUUGACUACUCUAUCUUCAAAUUCCGAUCUUUCAUUUUCUUGGUUGUUCAAUUUUGCAAUGGAAUCGAAAAACCCUACUAGGUUCAAGCUUGGGAAACAGUCGUCGUUAGCACCAGAACGAGAUAGGGAAGAGGAUGAAGUUCAUCAUGAAGGUGAUGCUAGUCUUGAUUCUGGAGUUAGGUUGAUGUAUUCGGCGAAUGAAGGUGAUGUUGAUGGAAUUCGUGAGGUGUUGGAAUCUGGUGUGAGUGUGAAUUUUAGGGAUGCUGAUGGACGCACUGCUCUUCAUAUUGCUGCUUGUCAGGGGUUAACUCAUGUUGUUGAUUUGUUGCUUGAGAAAGGGGCUGAUGUUGAUCCUAAAGAUCGAUGGGGGAGCACGCCCCUUGCAGAUGCUAUAUUCUAUAAAAACAAUGACGUGAUCAAACUAUUGGAGAAUCAUGGAGCAAAGCCUCUGAUGGCCUCUAUGCAUGUUAAUCACGCACGUGAAGUCCCUGAAUAUGAAAUCGAUCCUAAAGAACUUGAUUUUACCAACAGUGUGGAGAUAACAAAGGGGACUUUCUGUAUUGCGUUGUGGCGUGGGACCGAGGUUGCGGUAAAAAAGCUCGGGGAUGAUGUCAUAAUUAAUGAGGAGAAAGUGAAGGCUUUCAGAGAUGAGCUUGCUCUGUUCCAGAAGAUUCGGCAUCCAAAUGUAGUCCAAUUUCUUGGUGCUGUGACACAGAGUAGUCCAAUGAUGAUUGUGACAGAAUAUCUUCCCAAGGGAGAUCUUCGUGAUUUCAUAAAAAGAAAAGGAGCUUUAAAACCAAGUACAGCUGUUAGAUUUGCACUUGAUAUUGCUAGGGGAGUGGGUUAUUUGCAUGAAAAUAAACCAUCACCCAUUAUUCACCGUGAUCUCGAGCCUUCUAAUAUAUUGCGGGAUGAUUCCGGCCACCUAAAAGUUGCAGACUUUGGAGUUAGCAAGUUGCUAGCAGUUAAAGAAGACAAGCCUCUAACUUGCCAAGACACUUCUUGCCGCUAUGUGGCUCCUGAGGUUUUUAAUCAAGAGGAAUAUGACACUAAAGUGGAUGUGUUCUCAUUUGCACUAAUUCUACAAGAGAUGAUCGAAGGUUGCCCUCCUUUUUCUGCAAAGCGUGAUGACGAGGUUCCUAAGGUUUAUGCUUCAAAAGAGAGACCGCCCUUCCGAGCUCCUACUAAGCAUUAUUCUCAUGGAAUUCGAGAGUUGAUUGAAGAGUGUUGGAAUGAAAAUCCAGCAAAGAGACCAACAUUCAGACAAAUAAUAACAAGGCUGGAAUCCAUCUACAAUACAAUUGGACAAAAAGGACGUUGGAAGGUUAAACCAUUGAGGUGCUUUCAGAAUCUGGAAGCUUUGUUGAAGAGAGACCGAUCGAAAUUAAGCAGCCGGGGAAGUUCAUCUCGCUCGUCUACUAGCCGUAUAUGAAGGAGGAAGAUUGAUGUUAUUCUGUAUAAACUUCAAUAUUGGCGGAAAGAUAAAAAUCGAAUUUCAUUUCACUUGAGUUGGAGAAUUGCAAUGUUUUCUCAUGUGUAUUCAUUCCCCAGAUGCAUGAUUGUGAUUUUAGAUUCCAAGAUUCUUCAAUAAUGUUUCCAACUUCAUGAUAUCUGGCCAUAGAACUGCUUGUAAGCUGUAACAAAAGAAUGUAUUCUAGGAAUUUCUCUAUGUCAUGUAAAUUAUAUAUGUAUUAUGCCUCAAAAAGACAUUUUUUGUAUAUACAUUUUGCAGGAUUUUUCAUCA